AUGGCGUUGUGGUCCUCCGACCUAUCUUUCCGGUAUCUUGGGCUCGUCAUCAACAUCCUGUACUUCAAAACCCAGACACGACUACAAACCCUUGUCCUCAUCGGCGCGGUCCUAUUCUGGCUCCAGACGAUGUGGACCUUAGCCCUGAACAUUGUCGCCUUCCUGCCAGUCCAGAUCCAAUAUGGUAUCAACAGCCUCAAUGAGCAAAACCUCGCGCAAAGUAUCGGUUUCUACUACCUCAACUUCGUCGCGCUCGUGCUUCUCUAUGCCGCAGCGGUCAAGAGUGCCAUCGGACUCUGGACAGCUGCCGGAACGGUGCCAAGCACGAUAUCUCCGUCUCCUGCCAUAGCUACGGGCUUCACGCGGCAGCCCUUCGACGAACUGGAUGGAAAUCCUCGAUUCCAGCAGCAGCACAAGGCGGAGCUGGCCGCCAAGUCCGAGCCAGUUGCGCCCGCGGAGAUGCAGCAGCAGUGGCAGCAGCAGUACUACCAACCUUCUGGCCACGCGGCCCAGGGCCCAAUGAUGGCACAGGCGCCGAGCAACGGCCAAUGGGCGGUCCACGAAGCGCCAACGUACUACUACCAGCCGUCGCAGGCUGUCGAGAUCGGAGCUCCGGUCUGGUCAGUGACGGGGACCGAGCUGGCUGGCUCUCAGGUUGACAGGCGUUGGGAACUGCCGUCGCCGCCGCUGCAUGCUGUGGCCAGGUGA